AUGGACAGCUUGAGCAACAGCCUGAAGAAGAAAGCCACGGAGCAGCACUACAGGGCAGAGGUGAUGAUUGCUGGAGAGCAACUGAAGCUCCGCCUGCACGAUGGGAAGCUGGUUAAGGACCGGAGCCACCACCUCCAGACAUACCCAAACCGCUUCGUGGCGAAGGAGCUGACGGCCUGGCUGAUUGACCACAAGGAAGCACCCGACAGGAAGACAGGCAUCCACCUCAUGCAGAAGCUGAUGGACCACUACAUCAUCCACCACGUUUGUGAUGAGCACUCGGACUACAAGGACACCAAGCUGCUGUACCGCUUCCGCAAGGACGAUGGAACCUUCACGCUCAGCAAGGACAUGAAGGUGUUCAUGAGAGGCCAGAGCCUUUAUGAGAAAUGAGUGAGCAUGGAGGAGUCAGUUCUGAAGGUGAGAGAGGAGAACUCAAUGAAGUACCAGAGGACUUUCCUGGGCUGUGAGAUGAUCGACUGGCUCAUUCAGGAGAGAGAAGUGGAGAACCGCCAGGAAGCGGUGGAGCUGGGACAGGUGCUGCUGGAGCAUGGCAUCAUUCAGCAUGUCUCCAACAGGCAUCACUUCUUUGACAGCGACCUCCUCUACAAGUUCUGGAGGAACUUCCGACGGCGGCACCGCCUCACAGAGUUACUCAGAGAGAGCUCUUCUUGCGCCCUCUCUGAGAGUCCAGACAGUCCCUUCUGCCUGCACAAGCUCAACCUAGACCUGGGCAACACCAGCUUCCUCUCUGUCCAGACCAACAAGGAGAUCAUAAUUGUCUCAGUGGUGCAAUGGAGCAGCAUCACUUCCCUCGCUGUAAACUGCAGCCCCUACUUCAGCACUACUCCUACACUGGUGUUCCCUCCUGUGGCUGAGUGCAACCCCAAAUCAGUGUUAAAGAGACCUGUCACCAACGAAGAGCUUCUGUCCCCUGGGGCCCCUUACAUCAAGAAAACGCUGACUAUUGUGGGGGAUGCAGUGGGCUGGGGGUUUGUGGUCCGAGGAGGAAGACCUUGCCACAUCCAGGCAGUGGACCCAGGAGGACCUGCUGCUGCUGCAGGGAUGAAGGUGUGCCAGUUUGUCUACUCAGUGAAUGGUCUGUAUGUUUUGCACCUGGAGUAUCAGACCAUCAGAAGCCUCAUCAUGACAGGACCACGAACUCUUGUGAUGGAAGUCAUGGAAGCCACUGAAUGA